AGUACUAGGAAUCUUGGAGAACUUCCCCUUCGUAUCAGAAGAAUUCUUUCAAGAAUGGAGCAUCCCUCAGGCCCUCUCAAUCUUUGUCAUGUCCACACAAAAUCAGUCAUCAUCAACCGCGCGCACAUGCUCAUUCAUGCCGCAGCUCUGUCCGCUCUUCUCUACUAUAGAGCUUCAUUCUUGUUCCGGGAACAUGAUUCAAGAAAUAAAGCCACAACUUUAGCAUGGCGCAUCAUUUCCGUCGCCGAGCUCAUACUAUCCUUCCUGUGGCUGCUCGACCAGGCCUACCGGUGGCGGCCCGUCUCGCGGACCGCCUUCCCCGAGCGACUGCCGGAGGACGAGAAGCUCCCGGCCAUCGACGUGUUCGUGUGCACGGCAGACCCGGAUAAGGAGCCGACCGUGGAUGUGAUGAACACGGUGGUGUCGGCGAUGGCGCUCGACUAUCCACCGGAGAAGCUCCACGUGUAUCUCUCGGACGAUGCCGGCUCGCCGUUGACGUUGCAUGGGAUGAGGGAGGCCUACGAUUUCGCGAGAUGGUGGUUGCCCUUUUGCAAGAGGUAUGGAAUAAAGACGAGGUGUCCGAAGGCAUAUUUUAGGGAAGAAGAGGAUGAUGAGGGGAUUGGUAUGAGCUAUGGGAGUGAGUUUGGCUCGGAGAAGCAGAAAGUCAAGGAGAAGUAUGAAUUGUUCGAGGAACGGGUAAUUGAGUAUCAAAAGAGGCACCGCAGUGACUCGAGCCACAGUGGCCGAGACCACCCGUCUACCAUCGAGGUUGUCCGAGGAAAUCUCACUGAUGAAGUUGUGCAAGCAGACCAAGUGCCCAUGCCUCAGCUUGUGUAUGUCUCAAGAGAAAAGAGACCUUCCCAUCACCAUCACUUCAAAGCUGGAGCUCUCAACGUUCUUCUUCGGGUAUCGGGAGUAAUAAGCAACUCGCCGUACAUUCUAGUGUUGGAUUGCGACAUGCACUGCAACGACCCAUCUUCGGCUCGACAGGCGAUGUGUUUCCAUUUGGAUCCGAGAUUAUCUCCGUCGCUAACGUUGGUUCAAUUUCCUCAAAGAUUUCGGGGUAUCAGUGAGAACGACAUCUACGACAGCAAGCACAGAUGGGCAUAUUGGGUAUGGCAUGGAAUGGAUGGAUUGAAGGGACCUGUUUUAUCUGGGAGUUGCUUCUACAUCAGGAGAAAGUCCUUGUAUCGUAAAUCCAUACAAGAAGGUUUCGGUCUCGAGGAUUCAAAGAAAGUGUUUGGCCAUUCGAAUGAAUUCAUCAAAUAUCUUUGGCGAAACGGGAAGCCGAGUAAGAACUCCAUCGCUGGCGACUCUGCAGCGUUGUGGAAAGAAACCCAAGUUUUAGCUUCUUGUGGCUAUGAAGAUGACACAGAAUGGGGUCAGCAGGUGGGCUUCAUGUACUAUUCCGUGGCAGAAGACUACUUCACUGGUUUUACCUUGCACUGCAAAGGCUGGAGGUCUGUGUAUUAUAACCCGUCGAGGCCGCAGUUUCUAGGGACCGCAACGACGAACUUGAAUGACCUGUUGAUUCAAGGUACGAGAUGGAGUUCCGGGUUGUCGCACGCUGGCGUCUCAAGGUUUUGUCCUCUUAUCUAUGGCACAUGGAGGAUGCCCAUUCUUCAGAGCAUGUGCUACGCUCAACUUGCACUUUGGCCCUUCUAUUGCUUGCCAAUUUGCUGCUUUGCUACUAUUCCUCAGAUCUGUCUAGUGAAUGGCAUCUCCAUAUACCCUGAGGUUUCAAGUUCAUAUAUGAUGCUCUUUGCCUUCAACUUCCUAUCAUCGCUUUGUAAGCAUCUCUACGAAGUCCUGGCAAGUGGCCAUUCCGUCCAAACAUUCUUGAACGAGCAACGAAUGUGGAUGAUCAAGUCAACAACGUGUCAUGUGUACGGAACCAUGGACGGGAUUAUGACGCAAACCGGCAUGAGAAGAGCGAGCUUCUUGCCUACCAACAAGGUCGACGAUGACGAGCAAGCCAGGAGAUACGAGAUGGGGAUAUUCGAUUUUCAAACGUCGGUAAUGUUUCUGGCUCCGAUGGUGACGCUAGUGAUAUUGAACACGGCUUCGUUCGUCGGAGGACUCGCUAGAGUUCUUAUUUCGGGAGGCUGGGAAGAACUGUUCUUGCAGAUUGUUCUGUCGCUUUUCGUCUUGGUGAUGAGCUACCCUGUGAUCGAAGGGAUGGCAUUGAGGACGGACAAAGGGCGCAUUCCGCCAUCGGUCACUAUACAGUCAGCCAUUCUUUCCUUGGCAUUGUUGUUGCUGGGUUCAAGCUUUCUCAUGUAAUAAUAAUGGACAUGGUUGUUGCUGGCUUCAAGCUUUCUCAUGUAAUAAUAAUGGACAUUGCUGUUGUACUCUCUGCAGAACAUAUUUAGAAGUGAUGCAUUAUUAUCCUG